UCAAGUAAUAUUUACUUCUUGUUUUGACGUGUUUUACGCGGAUUGAAAGUGGUAUGGAGGCAGAACCAAAAUAAGGAAAUUGAAAUCUCUUAUAAAUGGUUUGUCUGUCUCAGAAUCUGUGUUGUCUCAAAUUCAGCAUGUCUGAAGGUGAAAGUGAAGGUGAGUUGGAGUACAUGGAUGUGGAUAGAAAACUCGUUGACAGAAUCGCUAAAGACUCAGUCGUUUGGAGCUGUUUCCACGGCCUCGUUGUUGCCGACAAAAGCUAUCAGGCUUCGGGAUUCUAUCCCGGCAUAGGAUUGGCGCAUGCACCGUUUGCAUUGUUGCCAGCACGCUUUCCAGAAAAGGAGUGGAGAGAAGCCUCUGACUUGGCUCCUAUUAUCAAUCACCUUGUUCAUCGUGUCAGCUCCGAUGCAACGUUUCUUCACGAAUCAUUCUCCAAAUCUAAGAAAUUGGAUGAAUUCACCUCUAGGCUUUUGGAUAUUCAUUCCAAGAUGCUACAGAUUAAUAAAAAAGAGGAAAUACAAUUGGGUCUGCAUCGUUCAGAUUAUUUGCUUGAUGAAAAGACUAAAUCACUUUUCCUGGUAGAACUGAAAACUAUUUCCUCUCCAUUCGCCGGUCUUAGUAGUCUUGUGACACAACUUCACAGAUAUAUUCUUUCUCGCUAUGGAAAAUUGCUUGGACUAGAUUCUGAAAGGAUUCCGGCAAACGGUGCUCUCGAUCAGUAUGCAGAAGCCUUGGCUAAAGCUUGGAGUGAGUAUAAUAACCCCAGGGCUGUGAUUAUGAUUGUGGUUCUGGCUGAAGAACAAAACAUGUAUGACCAGUAUUUAGUUUCUACAGUUCUAAAUGACAGGUAUAAUAUUACAACUAUACGGAAAACGUUGGCAGAAGUUGAUCAACAAGGAGAAAUUCUACCAGAUGGAACACUUUCUGUGGAUGGAGAAGCAGUUUCGGUAAUUUAUUUCCGGGCUGGUUGUACACCAGUUGACUAUCCUUCAGAAUCAGAAUGGAGGGCUAGGCUAUUGAUGGAACGAUCUUGUGCUGUCAAAUGCCCUUCAAUAUCCUAUCAUUUGGUUGGCUCCAAAAGGAUUCAACAGGAACUUGCAAAGCCUGGUGUUCUUGAGAGGUUCCUUGAAAACAAAGAUGACAUUGUCAAACUGCGUAAAUGCUUUGCUGGGUUGUGGAGUUUGGAUGACUCAGAUAUUGUUGAAAAAGCGAUUGAAAGUCCUAAAUUAUUUAUGAUGAAACCCCUAAGAAAAGAAGGAGGAAAGAAUAUUUAUGGUUAUGAUGUGAGGGAAACUCUCCUAAGAUGGCAGAAACGUAAAACUAUAGAAGAUGCAGCUUAUUUUCUUAUGCAGAGGAUAUUUCCAACUAUUUCUUCAACAGUUUUCAUGGAUCAUGGUCUCUGGAUUAAAGAACGUGCAAGUUCAGAACUUGGGAUAUUCAGCACAUAUUUAAGGAACAAGGAUAAGGUUAUCAUCAACAAGCAAAGUGGUUAUUUGAUGCGUACAAUAGGAUCUACUUUAUCUUAUGGAGAACCUGUACCAUGGGGUUUUCCGAUGUUAGAUAGUGUAUACCUAACUGACGAACCCAACAACACCUAAGGUCGUUAGUUAUUCGGGCAAUUCAAAACAUUAGAUAAGUGAUGAUUUACAUAUUAAUGAUAUCUUUUUUAAAAGAGAGGACACCUAGUUUCUUUUUCUUUUUCCCAUAAGAUUUUAUAUAAUUAUGUAACACCUGUUAAUGGUUCCUAAAAUGUACACAACAACUUUUUUAUUCUAUGCAAUAAAAUAUGAUAAGUUGUUUUAGCAUGAGUUUGAGUUUAGUGGU